AAGCAAAGCGAAACUUCACGGGAAUUGAAUUGUGCUUUUUCCUUUGCGCUCCCACUGACUAUCCAUGAACUGUGUUCCUAGUUAAUGAGUGUAGACAAACAGAGACGCAAUAAAGUGCACUAGAUGUCCGCGUUUUGAUCAUUUAUACCGAGAUGAUGGAUUUAACACAGGGGAAUGCGCAAGGAGCGUUCCAGAUCAGCCGGUCAACUGUGGAAGGCUGUUCGAGCGGAGAGUCUCCUCUCUCACUAGAGCUAAACCCGAGAAAGAGACUGUCAGCGGAGGAGGAAAGGUGUGCCAGCAGACCCCCACCUGAAGGUGCAGGAGCCGUGAGCCUCUCUGAAUCCAACAGGGAAGAGACUAAGCCAGAUCUGUGCAAGCAAUGUCAGACGACUAUAGCUGAACUGAGGAGACAAGCCCUCGCUCUGUCCGACCCUGCUUCCUUUAAGGACCCUGGAUUUGCUUCCUUUAUCAUUGACCAGCUGCAAGUGCCUGCUUGGUCGCUGAAAGGCGGACAUGAAGGAACAAGGUGUCAGGUGUGUGGCACACCUCCGCAGCAGCUAAAACAGCAGGCACUGCAGACUCUCCAAGAACUGUACCCUGCUUCCGACAUGCCAUGCCUGCCUCCCAACACCUACCCUGGGCAUCCCACCAGGCUGACAACACACAGCGUGGUCACUCUUUCCUCCAGACCUACCAGAUCGAGGAUACCUCACCCAGCGCACAGCGUCCUGCCUGUGGGGGAGCGGCAGCGUGAGCUGGGCUGGUCUCAGAGCCCGUCUUCCAGCGCUGGGGCAAUGAAACCCAGUGUGCAGGUGACCAUGGGAGGAAGACCUCUGACAGGGACCAUCAGCUCAGUCACCAUUCAGGCUCAGCAAUACUUGGAGGGCAUGUGGAGCAUCUCACGCGUCAAUAACUUCCUGCCUCAGCCAAACCCGACACAAGGCCUCAUAGGUCAAGCAGAGCAGAGCGAAUGCCAUUCAGACACCACCAUCUCCAGAGUGUCCCUGACUCCUUCCAGACAGAGAAGUCCGGUUCAGUUUGGCCAGGCUGUGCCUGCUUCCUCUGACCAUCCCACUUCAGCUGCAGCAUCCUUUUUUAUCAGGGCUGCUCAGAAGCUGAAUCUGUCAUCCAAACGGAAGAAGCAGCAGCCGCCACUGGUAUACCCCCAGGAGCCCUCCAUCUACCCCACUAACUUUAGUGCUGUCCUUCAGUUUUCACCUCCACCUGCUCCACCAUGUCUGCUCAGGGCGGGGUCAAAGGCCAAGGAGAACCCUGGCAUGGGCAAGGUCAAAGUGAUGAUGCGGAUCUGUCCAUCACUGGGGAUUGUGGAUUCAUCCGAGUCCCUGUCCUUCCUGAAGGUGGACACUCGUAAGAAACAACUGACCCUCUACGAUCCCUCACUCAACACACAGCCCACCUCAGUGCAUAGACGAGCAGUGCUGCCCGCCCCAAAGAUGUUUGCCUUUGACGCUGUUUUUUCCCAAGAUGCCUCUCAAGCUGAAGUUUGCUCAGGGACAGUGGCUGAAGUUAUUCAAUCAGUGGUUAAUGGAGCCGAUGGGUGCAUUUUCUGCUUUGGUCAUGUCAAAGUUGUGAAUGCAAAAAUGCUGUGCGACGCAAUGCAGUCGCAGCCAGUCGUAUUUAUUGGCUGUAUGAAGCUUGAUUUUGGACUGAUGGGAUUUGUGGGUAGGGCCAAUCAGCAUGAUGCAGCAGAUAUGGAGUCCAAGCUGUUGACAAAAUGCUUCGUGUCAUUCACAAUUGGCGUAAGAAGGAUGUCUUUCGAUUCGUUCUCCCAUUGCCGGCUCCGUUUUACCACGUCCCCUUGCCAAAGCAUCUGUAAGGGCAAGACAUACACCAUGAUUGGCACGGACAGCUCCACACAGAGCCUUGGCAUUGCGCCCUGUGCCAUCUCCUGGCUGUUCAAGCUCAUCAACGAGCGCAAGGAGAAGACUGGCACGCGCUUCUCGGUACGGGUGUCAGCCGUGGAAAUCUACGGCAAGGAUGAGAGCCUGCAGGACCUGCUCUCUGAUGUGCCCACAGGAAGUCUGCAGGACGGCCAGUCGCCUGGUGUUUACCUGCGUGAGGACCCCAUCUGCGGCACGCAACUCCAGAACCAGAGCGAAUUAAGGGCUCCCACUGCAGAGAAGGCCGCCCUGUUUCUUGAUGCCGCCAUCGCAGCACGUAGCACCAACCGGCCAGAUGCAGAUGAGGAAGACCGCCGCAACUCCCACAUGCUGUUCACCUUACACAUCUACCAGUACCGCAUGGAGAAGAGCGGCAAGGGUGGAAUGUCUGGUGGUAGGAGCAGAUUGCAUCUGAUUGACUUGGGAAGCUGUGAGAAGGUGCUUUGUAAGAGCAGGGAUGCAGGAGGAGGUCUGUGUCUGUCUCUGACUGCAUUAGGAAACGUGAUACUGGCUUUGGCCAAUGGAGCUAAACAUGUUCCAUACAGGGAUAGCAAGCUCACCAUGUUACUGCGAGAUUCCUUGGGGAAUAUCAACUGUAGGACAACCAUGAUUGCCCACAUCUCUGACUCCCCUGCCAAUUAUGCAGAGUCUCUUACCACCAUUCAGCUGGCCUCCCGAAUCCAUCGUAUGAGGAAAAAGAAAUCAAAGUAUGCAUCCAGUUCCUCUGGAGGAGAGAGUUCCUGUGAUGAAGGAAGGAUCCGUCGACCGCCACAUUUGCGGCCCUUCCAUCCUCGCACUGUAGCCCUUGACCCAGAUCUACCAUCAUUCCUCAGUGAUCCUGACUACUCUUCAAGUAGUGAGCAAUCAUGUGACACUGUAAUUUAUGUUGGCCCUGGUGGUGCUGCCAUCUCUGAUCGAGAGCUCAGUGACAACGAAGGACCCCCAGCCUUUGUUCCCAUCAUCCCCUCUCUUAACCGUAAGCAACGAGGGAAAGAUGGGCCAGUUGACCAUGAUCACUUCAAAUGUAACACCUUUGCUGAGCUUCAGGAGCGAUUAGAAUGUAUUGAUGGUAGUGAGGAACCUACAACCUUUGUUGGAGAAUCUGGAGGGAAUUCUGCAAGCCCUAAAAUGGACCAUGAUGCAAACAAGUUGAAAGAAGGCUCUGGCUGCAUUUCAGUUUCUCCCAAGACUCCUACCAAAGCGCUCUUAUCAACACAGGACAGCAUAUCCAAAAAGUCAAUUUCUGUAGCCAGUAAACUGCCUGGCAGUCCAAAACACAAAUCCAAAUUAGAACAUUCCAAGUUGCAAAGUGCCACAUCGGACAAAGAUCUCAGAGACAUGUCUGAGAGUAGGACAAGUGCAGAUGGUGAAAAGGUGCAAAUGUCAGAUAAUGGAACACUCCUAUGCACUCCAGGUAAACAAAGUAAACCAACAGUAUCCCAAAACUCAGAGCCUGUGGUUAGGGAAAAGGUUUUUUUCAGUAAAAAGUUACCCAAGCCUGCUCCCCCACCUCCACAACAAAAAGACUAUGUCAGGGUCAGUAGUGAAAGUGAAGAAAAGUCUGCCACAAGGAUACCACCGAUUGGGAUGAGUCAUCAAAAAAGAGGUGAUUUAAAUGAGAACUCACCUUUAAAAGUCCAUCAUCUUAAUCCCAGGACUUCAGGGGAAAUGAGGUCCAAUCUUAGGGAAAGGUGCAUGGAGAAGGACAUAUUAAGGACAACUGUAACCCUUAAACAGCCAGUGGAGCUAAAUGGUGAGGAUGAACUAGUAUUCACUCUUGUGGAAGAGUUAUCAAUUGGCAACAUUGUGGACAAUGGAAGGCCCUCCAGUAUUGUGAGUUUCAAUAGUGAUUGCUCACUACAGGCCCUUGCCUCGGGAUCACGACCAGUAAGCAUCAUUAGCAGUAUCAAUGAUGAAUUUGAUGCCUAUACAUGCAGUAUUGGUGCCUCAGAGGCAAACAUUAAAAUGGUGGCACCAUUACAGGAGAAAGCAUAUACUUCACUUGGCAGCCGUGGUUCUUCUAUCACUUCAUGGCUUAGUGAAGUAAGUGUCUGUACUCUGGAGAGUGAAGGUGCCCAAACAGUAGAUGUCUUUCUCCCUCAAGGUACUCAUACUGGCCCAGACAGCAGCUUCUACCUUGAUUCUCUUAGGAUGUUCCAAAGCAGCCCUCAAAAGGAACCUAAAAACUCCUUGAAUGAUAGUGGCUGUAGCUUCUCAGAUUUGGACAGUGACAGUGCUAUAUCAGGCAAACUCUCUCUUAGCAAGUGCCCAUCCUCUCCAGAGGCCCCACAGCAGUCUGCCAAAAGCUUACCAAAACUGGCAAAGGCAAAUACCAUUCAUUUAUCCGAUCCCAAGUGUUUUCAAGAUUCUCAAGUUUUCCAGUGUAGUCUUUCCAGGAAAUUAAAACCUACCUCAUCUACGGCCCAGAGUAGCAGUAUCAGUGGAAGCAGCUCAAGUAGCAGCUGGAGACGUGAGCCACCAAGGCAAGACUGCAUACCAGAUCCAUGGCACCAAGUAGAUAGCUCAUUGGAGUCUUCUAUAACCUCUAAUUCAGGUUCGUCCAGACUGGUUAAAAAUGGAAUGAGUGGAAUUCCUGCAAGAAAAGCAGGCACAAGUAGCAACAGUGUACCUCGAUUGCCCAAAACACUAGCGUCAAACCCAUUCCAAAGGGUGGUGGACGGAUGUGAAAAAUCCAGCAACAACAGGAAGAUGGAGUCCCUGAGCAAGAUGCCACAGCUCAGACGAGGCGCAACAACACUCGGGACAGUUCCAGUCAUACAUUCAUCCAUUGAUGUCAAGCUUGCUCAAGAUAUUGGUUCCUCAGGAGGAAGUUUAAAGUUCUCCUCUUUAGGAAAAAGUGGAAAAGCAAGCAAGCAGGAGGAGAGUAUGUCAAAACCUGGAAAUGUAUCACCACCUCCUCCUCCAGUUCGCAAAUCUAGUUUAGAUCAAAAGAAUCGAAUCCUGUUUCCCUCAAGUGCCUUAAAGUCUGCUUAUGAGGCAGGAAAGUCUUUAGCACCAAGGGCUACAGGUUUAGAAGAUGAUAUUGAUCCUAGUUUAAGAACAUCUAACUUAAAGUCAGAGCAUAGUUUGAUAAAAGCAACAUCUAGUCUCAAAGCUAGAGGAGCUAGAGGUGAUACAGGGCAGCUUUAUGGGAGCCAGGUAUCUCUAGACAGAUGUGACAGUUUGUCAUCUUUGGGGUCGAAACCUGCUCUUAGUCGAGAAAACAGUGGUGCUAGUCUCAACAGCAAGUCAAGCAAGUCUGUCGGUAGGUUUGGAUCACCUGUUGCCACCUCUUCCCCAAUUGCUACCUCUCCACCUUCUUUUAUAAACCCAGUAACCACUGUAAAAAAUGGGAUUGUCAAAGGUAGCCUUAACACAAGACAAAUACCUGUUAAUGCAAACAAAGCUCGUACAUUAUCUGCAAGCAACUCCAAAGCCCUGAGCUCAUCCACUAAGUCUCUUGUGGCACCUGCAACAAGGAAUGCCAACCUUCCACCUUCAGGAAAGACUGCAUUACCUCGAGCAACAGUAGGAGGCAAUGGUAAAUCCCCAAGAGGAACAAUAAUGGGUACCAAGCAAGCAAUGCGGGCAGCAAACAGUCGCGUUAGUGAGUUGGCCUUGGCCAAUCCUUCUGGGAAACAUGCAAAGGGCUCAGGUGAUUCAGACAGUGGCAAUGACAGUGGAGUGAACCUCAAUGAUGACAAGCAUACCCCGAUCCCCAUUCUCCCAUCUCCAUAUAGUAAGAUCACAGCCCCCAGAAGACCUCAACGCUACAGCAGUGGCCAUGGAAGUGAUAACAGUAGUGUCUUAAGUGGAGAGUUGCCUCCUGCCAUGGGACGAACUGCACUCUUCUACCACAGUGGAGGGAGCAGUGGAUAUGAGAGCAUGAUCCGUGACAGUGAAGCUACUGGUAGUGCUUCUUCAGCCCAUGACUCCAUGAGUGAGAGUGGGAUGUCCUCCUCUGGCCGCACAAGGAGCUCCAAAGCACCCAAGAAGAGGUCAAAUGGUCUCCAGAGGAGGCGUCUCAUCCCAGCUCCCUUACCGGACACCUCCUCCCUAGGGAAGUCUGGGACCACGGGUCAGUGGGUUGACCUUCCCCCUAUAUCCGGGCCACUAAAAGAACCUUUUGAGAUCAAAGUGUAUGAAAUUGAUGACGUGGAGAGGCUUCAGCGGCGAAGACAAGAAAAGACAGAUGAGGGCCUGAUGUAUUUUAACACUAAAUUAAAGGUUCUUGAGAAACGGCAGCAGCAAAUCAGAGAUCUCAGAGCUAAGCAUAAGACUCUGAAAGAAGAGCUGGAGGACACAAAGUCUAGAUUAAUGAUGGAUCCCAGCAAGUGGAUUGGAGAGUUUGAGGUGGAUGAAGAUUUGGAUCAGGAGUCGCAAGAGUACUUGGAAGCAUUGGAGCAGGCUACGGCUGAACUGGAAUACUGCGUCAACCUAUGCAAGUCCCGCGUCAUGAUGGUGACCUGCUUCGACAUCCGAGUCGCAUCUGACGUGCAGGAAGGACCGCGAGAGGUGGAGGUUUAAGAACAGAAUGUGGUGAUCGAUGGACAGUGACAAAGAAAUUGAGGAAGACAGGACCCUGGAUGUCUGAAAGGAAGGAUAAUGAAAUGUAGCAGCCGGUCCGGCGAUUCCGAGGAAACACGAAUGGAUCAAAGAAUGAUCUUUAUAAUAGGAUGGCACACUGAAUUCUGCAUUAAGUAGGAAUUUAUCUUCUGGAGAAGAGAAAACUGUUCUGGUUAUAUGCAGUGCCUCAUAACAAACAUGGAAUAGACUUACUCAAAUGGAAAGCCAACAAGCUUUGAUGUGUUUGACGCAUUUCCUUACACAAGGAAAGAGAAGAAUCAUUCUCACUUACCGAAGAGUUAUUCAACCACACCACAAAGUGCCUUUUUCAUAUGACUGUUUUGUACAUUUGUUGUCAAUCAUUAUUUUUUCUACUGGUGCUAGUGCUAUGACCAGCAUACCCAAGCCGAACCAUAUUUUUUUGUUAUUUUAUUGCAUUGUAUAGUGUAUUUAUAUGAUCAUAUAGUGUGUGAAAUAUCAUUUUGGGUGCGAAAGGAGAGCAAUAAGCUGACUUUCCGUGCUUUGCCUUUGCCUCCUGAACUAUCACCUCUGUCAGCAUAUUGAUAUUAAACCUUUUGAGCCUUA